AACAUAACCCUUUUCACUUUUCCUGGCAACACCCCAAGGCUUCUCUGCAUUCUUUCUUAAUUCACCAAACCAAGCAAAAGUUAUAGGACUUUGACAAAUAAUUAUUCUUUCUCUUCCAUUACAUCAUAAACACAAAAGCAAGAGGAAUCGAAGCUGGGAUCGUAAAUUCUCUGUGAAACUGAAGCCUUGAUCCAUUCUUUUUUAAGUCAUCUAAGGUGGAGGAGCAAUGAGGACAGAGUCGAAGAAGAUAUCAAAGUCUUCGUGGCCCAAAUUAGCCGUCAGGAAGUGGCUCAAUAUGAAAAGCAGUGCCGAGAAGUUUCACUCAGAUUACGAAGCAACAGCAACUGCGAAUGAGAGGAGAAAGAGCUGUUCAGACCAGGAUCGUUACGCCGUCGUUCCGGAAGAUUUCUCAGAGGGGUGGGUGAUGGAUGCUACAAGUGGAAUGAAACGUUCGGUACUUGGGAAGAAAUCAAGUCCUGACACUGGGGCGAUGGACCUUAGGAUGUUCGUGGGGACGUGGAAUGUCGGAGGGAAGUCACCGAACGAAGCCUUGAAUUUGAGGAAUUGGCUGACGUGUCCUUCCCCAGCUGACAUAUAUGUUAUUGGGUUCCAAGAAAUCGUACCGCUAAACGCGGGGAACGUGCUUGGGCCUGAGGACAGUGGCCCAGCAGCGAAGUGGCUGGGCAUUAUCCGUCAAGCCUUGAACAGCAACAAGAGCGAGCGUGAAAUGUCACAGUACUACGACAGCGAUCCAGAAGGAAGCCCGAAGUGUAGGCCCAGUUUCUCGGAGAUGCUCUCAUUAGAGGAAGAGUUUGGAAAUGGAGAAAGCUCUCCUAGGAGUGCGCAACGCUAUUGCCUAGCAGCAAGCAAACAGAUGGUUGGUAUAUUCUUAUCCGUGUGGGUAAAAGAGGAUCUUUGCAACCAUGUUAGCAAUUUGAAAGUGUCCUGCGUUGGCAGAGGCAUCAUGGGUUAUCUUGGAAACAAGGGUUCAACGUCAAUCAGCAUGACAUUGUACAACACCACGUUCUGCUUCGUUUGCACCCACUUGGCUUCUGGGGAGAAAUUUGGUGACGAGUUGCGAAGAAACUUUGACGUAUCGGAAAUCUUGAAGAAAACUAAAUUUUCUCACUCCUUUAAAUCUCAGCUUGCUCCCGAGACCAUACUGGAACACGAUAAUGUUAUUUGGCUUGGCGAUUUGAAUUACCGGCUAGCUGCUGGCUACGAUGACACACAUGAACUGCUAAAGAAGAAUAAUUGGCAAGCAUUACUAGAGAAGGAUCAGCUAAGGAUAGAGCAGAGAGCUGGUCGAGUAUUUAAAGGUUGGAAUGAAGGGAACAUAUACUUUGCUCCUACUUACAAAUACUUGACCAAUUCUGAUCACUAUGUUGCCCAAUCCUCCAAGGAAAAACGACGGACUCCUGCUUGGUGCGAUCGAAUUCUCUGGAAGGGGGAAGGCCUGAAUCAGAUGUGGUAUGUUCGAGGAGAGUCCAAAUUCUCAGACCACAGGCCUGUGUACUCACUAUUCUCGGUUCAAGUGAACUUGAGAAGCAAGAACAUAGCACCAUCCACUGGCACUAUGCCAAAGUCCUGUCCCUUAAAACCGUUGACAAAUGUUGCGUUGUCAUCGACUUGUUCUGCUGCUAAAGUCCAGGCAGAAGAGCAACUCUUGUUGCUAACGAGAGCACAAAGUUGCAUAGACACUGUACCCAGGUUUGUUUGAGUCCAUAAGACACUAGGCAGACGAAGUUUCCAAGUUGAUACCAUUACCACCUUCAAGCAACCGCACCUCGCGGUAUAGUGUGGGAUUCGAUGGCUAACCAUGAAGAGGAAAAAAUAUUUUCUGGUGAGGAAUUUUACGAGUGAAAAAAACUACUUAGGUAUACAUAUCCAUCUCUUUUGGGUAUUCAUAUUCAUGUCCCAAAGCAACUCCGAACUAGGUAAGAGUUUUUUUGUCGGAAUUUAGGUCGGAGUUCUCACCUUGUUAAACACCUCUAGUGACUAGGAUAGCUGUCAAAUUGCUACGAGUCAUAGCAAAUUUUGAAGGAGUGGGAAAUGCUAAUUGAUCAUAUUUGUAAAUUUUAAAUUGUAAUCAUAACAGUGAUUGUUAUUAUGAUAGAUUAUAGAUGAUUUUUUAAUGCAAUGUGCAACUUGUGUUCAUAUAAAAUAUAUGACUGAUUGAUUGAUGAUUGACGAUGCUUGUCACCUUGUGCCGGAGAAGCUUCGUGCAAUUAAU